ACAGCGAUCACAAGUGGGCGGGACUUCCGGUGAGCGGACCCGGAAGAUUAGGAUACAAGUUUCGCUGUUGCUCCCUGCAUCCAUAUGCUCGCUACUUUAAGCGUAUUAAUGUAAUUUAGACGUUUUUUAUUGUGUAGUAUUAGCAACAAUGUUAUCUUUAGACUUCCUAGACGACGUUCGUCGCAUGAAUAAGCGGCAGCUGUAUUACCAGGUGCUGAACUUUGGUAUGAUUGUGUCUUCUGCUCUGAUGAUCUGGAAAGGACUGAUGGUUGUAACCGGCAGCGAAAGUCCUAUUGUUGUUGUUCUCAGUGGGAGUAUGGAGCCGGCUUUUCACAGAGGGGACCUGUUAUUUUUGACAAAUCGAGUGGAGGACCCCAUCAGAGUUGGAGAGAUUGUUGUCUUCAGAAUAGAAGGCAGAGAGAUCCCAAUAGUACACAGAGUGCUAAAGAUCCAUGAAAAACAAAAUGGAGACAUAAAGUUCUUGACCAAAGGAGACAACAAUGCAGUGGAUGAUAGAGGGCUGUACAAGCAGGGCCAACAUUGGCUGGAGAAAAAAGAUGUGGUGGGACGAGCCAGGGGGUUUGUGCCAUAUAUUGGAAUUGUCACCAUCCUCAUGAACGAUUACCCCAAGUUCAAAUAUGCUGUUCUCUUCAUGCUGGGUCUUUUUGUCUUGGUCCACCGGGAGUGAGGCGCUGAAGCUUCAGCACAGAUGAUGGAUAAACUGCGUCCAGAAAACCUCAGUCAUGCCUUUCAGAAUAUAUUUACUUUUCUUUGUCAAACCCAACUUGAUAUUUUUUCUUUUUUUGUACCAUUUGUUCAAACAUUUUGUAGAACUGUGGAUAGUGUUUACAUUUUCACAAGUCCAAGCUUUAAAAGUAUUUUUGUGAGGGAAUUCACUAGGAUUAACUUUCAAGUCAAUUUAGUAUCUGGUCUUCAGAAUGUUAAAUUGCAUUCUUUAAGUUAAAUUUAAAUUAGCGUUUGUUAAUUGCCUCCUUAUUUGUUGCUUCUGGAAAUAUGGAAGUGUUGAAAUAUGUUAAAUUGAAUAUAAAAUCUGUUUAGCAUUCACUUUGGAUUACACAACCUGUCUUAUUUUGUCUGGCCCUUCACAAAUGGAUCAUUUUCUAUUAAUGUAAAGAGUUCAUUAUUGUGGAAAAAAAAAAAAGAAUUCACUUCAGUUUGUAGAAUUGUAAGAAAAUAUGUUUAGCCAACCUUUUUACAACCCUAUAUUGGAAAUUAAAUUUGUGUCUGUCGUUGUUGAGAGACUUGAAUAAAAAGAAACAUUUUAAAGCUU